AUGGGGUAUAGAGGCUACUAUUCAAAUGACCAUGGAGAUUCUGAUAACCUUGAGAGCUUAGAUGGCAGUGAAACAGAGGAAGAUGAGGAUGGGAAUCCACUUCCAAAGAAGAUAAACAAGGGAGUAAAGAUCGAACCUUGGAUCAGGUCUGUGGAUUUGAGAAAUCCCAAGUUAGGUUGGGGUUGGCUUUCCCAUACUCAGAGCAACUUAAGGAGGCUGUUAAGGAGUGUGCAAUCAAAAACCAGCUGGGUUUGUGGUUUGAGAAGAAUUCAAAGCAUAAGAUUGAGGUCAAUUGCUAAUGGGACUGCCCAUUCAAAUUGUAUGCUAGUACUUCCAAGGUCAAGGGUUGGGAUCCACAAUCAUAUAGAGAAGAAAUACAAGCUGGAUGUGGGUGUUCAAACCAUAACAAGAGCAAAGAGAAAAGCAAAAAGGAUGAAUGAAGGGCACUACAUAGAUCAAUACAACAGCCUUGCUGCUUACAGGAAAAAAUUAUUGAGAAGUAAUCCAGGUUCAACUGUGGAGAUCAAGACAUGUAUGGAUGGUGACAUAAGGAGAUUCCAGAGGAUGUACAUCUGUUUUGCAGCAUGCAAGAAUGGGUGGAUGAAUGGCUGCAGACCUAUAAUUGGUUUGGAUGGGUGUCACAUAAAAGGGCACCAUCCUGGACUGCUAUUGACAGCAGUUGGCAUAUAUGCAAACAAUGGGAUGUUCCCAAUUGCAUAUGCCAUUGCUGAGGCUGAGAACCAAGAAACAUAG